AGUGUGCAGUGAUCUGAUACAGCAGAUCCUAUAAGAAUUGUCAAAUCCAAGCUUCAAAAGAUAGAAUGACUGUGAUUAGAAAAUCUAUGCUAUUAAAAUUAAAGAAUUGAACAUUCAAUUCUCAUAUUUUAAAAAUGAAUAAAAGCAAGCAAUAACCUGUUUUAAAAAAGUCAUCUAGUCAGUCAUCUAUAGGAAAGAAGUUAAUUUUUUUUUGAAAAAAAUAUGAUAACAAACAGAGACUGUCUGUAAUGUACCUAGUUUUGGAACAAAAUAAGCCAAUUAAAUGACACAAACCACAUAACCAAUUAUCCAAAACAAAAAUUCUAUUUUUGUUUACAUAAAAACAUCACUGAGAAAAAUUAUGAUAUAGUUUCAUCAAAAGGGCACGAGUCAAGGUUUACUCUUUCGUAAUGUAAUUUGACAAGUACAAAAAAGGCAGAUCUGUAACCAAAUUUUAAAGUAUGUUAACACAAAUUAAGAUGAUCUUUUUAAAAAUAUGAAUUAUUUUAACCUGUAGAAAUUUCAUGGCUGCAUGAAGAUCUCCUAUCUCAAAUGGAGAUCCCCUGGUCUCCAAGUACUCCUUGCUCUACAAAUAAUUUUUCGUUUUCAAUUUCAUUUUUAGGCACAAAUUCAUUCUCAUAGAUGCAACCAUGAAAAGUCUGAAAUUUGAAGUUACGUUCAAAUUAAUACUUGUUUUAAAGCUGUGUGUACAAAUGUAUAUAAAAAAAUCGUUCCCAAAGACUUUCCAUACAUCAUAAGAAGUUGAAUCAAAAACUGGUGAAUCUUAAUUCAUAUUGUUUAUCUGGAUAUGCAUAUGAGUAUAACUAAGACAUUUGUGUCCUAACCUCAGCACAAGAAGGGCAAUAUAUUCACAUAACAUAUCUUUUGAUGGGAAUUAAUUCAUUGUGACGUUGCAAAUUCUGUUAAGUAUCCAUUCCUGUCAUAGGAAUGGUAUCUCAUGAAGGGCUUGUGUCCAUAAUUAAGACUGUGUUUAUUCUACAUUUAUUCCGUAUCCUGACACAUUUCAAAGCUUUGCCCUUGGUGAAUAGCUCUGUACAGUGAUCAACAAUUUUAUCUUUUAUUAACAGAAUGUGUUUCUCUUUAACAUCCAAACAAAUUGAUAUACAUAACAGAAAGGCUGCUUAUUUGAAAAUAUAUAUCACCGUUUGUGUAGGCUUGUUUGUAAGAUCUGUGGAUCUAUGUUGUAUGUGUUUCUUCGAUGUCGAUGGAAGAAAUUGGAGACAUGGAAUGUGUGUUGAGCAAAGGCGUGCCACAAGAUAGACAUAAUCGUCUUGUUGGGUGUUAUCCUCUAUCUUUCUUGUCUGGUAGGAAUUUCCCAUGUUCCAGUUCAUUGAGGUUUCCCGAUGGUUUUUCAUUUAUUAAAUCAUUGCCUGAAACUUUAUUUUGGGUUGUCAUACAGGUCAACCAAUGGAACAUUAAAUUUUGAUGUUGCUCAUUCUUAUGGUGUACAUUUUGCUUGUAGUCUAUGUUGUGGAAGACUAUCUUCCAACCUUUAUUUGCUACAGCAAAUUGGGUAAACCCUUUCUUCCUGAUUUUUUCCAAUAGUUUCUUCCUGCAAUUCUGUUCUUUUUCUAAAUAUUUCUCCUGCUUUAGAAACUUUUUGAAUCUUGAUGAAUCUUGUAGCCUACAAAAUUCAUCCAAAUUUUUGUGUAAGCAUGGGUGAGAGACAGUCAGUUUCACUUCUCUAAGUCUGGCAAAAGCUGCCUAAAAAAAUCAUUAUGUCUUUAUAUUUAAUAAUCGAGAUCUCAAAAUGAAAAACAAAACUACUCAUAAAGAAUGCUAUGUUUUACUAGCAGCAUUAAAAUUGGAGAUUUCAAACAACUUCAGACGAUAUCUUAGUGACUUUUUCAUAUAUCGAGGGGGUAGUAAUCAAAUGAUAAACCUCCACCUUAACAAGCCAGAACAUGCGUUGUUGAACAAAUCCAUUACUGGGCAGUUUCAACUCUGCUCUGGAACCUUUUUUCUGUAAUCACUGAUGUCGUCCAUUUUUUGUCAAUGUCUUCGAAAACAUCAUCUAAUAUUGUCUUAUCUGCUUCCUUCAGUUCGCUUCUUCUUUCACUCAGUUCAAUCUGGAGGUAUUUUAGCUUUCCAAUGUUCAAUCCUUUCACUCCAUCCUUCAACAAAUUGUUGUCAGGUCUAACCAAUUUUGUGAAACUCUUUUCGUAUGAGCUCUGCGAUUUCUUGAUUUUAUCUUUGAUUUUAUCUCUUCUGCCAUUCUAAGUCAAAGGCAAACUUCACCUGUGGCUUGCAGUGGACUAGAUGUUGGGAAAAUCAUUUCCCAUACUCCCUAGCCAAAGAGGUUGAAAGAUUAUCUAAGAUUCAACUCAAAAAAGCCAAUAUUUUGCCAUGUUCAUUUCAUUUCAAUACACUCUUAAUUCGGUUCUGCAAGACUGUGUACCACAAUGUUAAGGCCUGCUUCAAACGACGCGCUUCUCAUGUGCCGAACCUAACUCGAGAAUCGGUCAUUGAUUCAGGGAAAAAUCCCAUCUUACUUCCCCCAGGUAAUCAUUAUGCCUUCUUAUUAAUUCAAGAGUCGCACAGAAAGGUAUUUCACAAUGGAACGCGUGAAACAUUAAAUUUGUUGCGUCAAACGUAUUGGGUUCCACGAGGCAGAGAAAUGGUAAAGAAAUAUGUUCGCAAGUGUCUUUUAUGUAAGAAACUAGAAGGGUUGCCAUUUCGUACAACUUACAACCCACCUUACUGGUCUCGAUUUCGCAGGGCCCCUUGUGGUCAAGUAUGCAGGAGACACCACUAAAAAGUGUUAUGUUUGUUUGUUCACCUGUAUGUCUACAAGAGCGAUUCACCUUGAAUUAGUAGAGUCAUUAGAGGUUGAUGCGUUUUUUAAAGCAUUCCAAAGAUUUUGCGGUCGUAGAGGGUUACCUUCUACCCUUUGGAGUGAUAAUGCCAAAACAUUUAAGUCAGCAAGUAUAGAAGUUAAGAAGUUACUAAGAUCACCCAGGUUUUACGAGUCCUUGUCUCUGAGAUGUGUUGAGUGGAAAUUUAUAACGGAAAAAAGUCCCUGGGAAGGUGGAGUAUGGGAAAGGUUAAUUAGAAGUGUAAAGAGGUGUAUUAUAAAAAUCAUUGGUCGAGCCCUAUUAGACUUUCACGAAAUGCGUACAAUUCUCGUAGAGGUUGAGGGUGUUAUCAAUUCACGCCCCUUAACUUACGUACACGACGAUACCGAGGGAAUCUCGUACCCAUUGACCCCCUCACAUCUGAUAAACGGGAGAAAUUUGUUGCAUUUGCCUCAAUACAGAUACCUAGAAAUUGUAAGUGUUUAUGAAACUUUAUCUAAACGUGCAAGAUAUAAUAGACUUCUUUUAGGUCAGUUUACGCGUAGAUGGAGAAACGAAUAUUUAUUAGGGUUAAUGGAAGCAUACAGACCCACCAAAUAUCAAGCAAAGCCAAAUGUUGCAGUUGGAGAUGUAGUGUUAUUGAAAGAUGAGAGCAAGAAAAGGAGUUUUUGGAAAAUCUGCCGCAUAGAAGAGCUCAUAGUAGGUAAAGACGAGGUGGUAAGGUCAGCGAUUAUCCGACUAGGUUCAGACGAUGGCAAAAUAGGUAAGAAGACUUUACGUCGCCCUUUAAAGUUACUAAUACCAUUAGAAGUAAAAGCUAACCAUUUGACAAAUUCUUUUCAAAAUCCUCCUACGCAGUUGCCAUUGCAGCCAGCAGCGCAAUCGCCUUCGCAGCAGCGUACGCAGUUACCUAUGCAGGCAAACACUAGACCUAGACGUAGAGCAGCAGUUUUGGGAGAGACAGUUCGAAGACAAAUUAUGCAUUAACGUUUUUGCAGCAUAUUAUCUUUAACUUUGUUAUUGUUCUGAUUUUGUUAUGUGUAAUCAAGUAAAUUCAAUACUAAUAUCUUAAGUUAAUUUGGGUUUGAUCAUGUCAUGAUUCAAACCGGGGGAGUGUGUUAUAAUGCGUACGUCACAACCUCGUUUUCGUGCUAAUGCGAGAUAGGUGUGACAGUUUUGAGUUAGUUGAGUUGACGAGUUGAGUCGAGUCGAGUUCGCGAGUUAUGGAGUUUACAACAGAGUUUUGAGUUAUUGCUUUAAUAAUGUAAAUAGUUGUUAUGUUUAUGAAAAUGAGAUAAAACCAAGUUCAAGCUCAUCUUUGCAGCCCACGUCUUACAAUCCUCACAACACAUGGCGCCACAUUAAGUACAGGAGGGGCGCGACGUUUGAAUCAAUUUGGUACGGCAGAUUCAGUUAGGAGCGGCAGACUAGUUUGGAUCGGCAGAGCUGCACCGCUCCAGCACGGCACGAUUUCAAGCGUCGAACUUAUCAUGUUCCGAACUCAAUGCAUAAUUAUAUUUAAUUUAUUUUCCUUCCCAGAAUUCAUUUCUUUCUAUGAGGGCGCAUGCGUUUCAAACAACUUUUUGGCGCAAAACAUUGGCGCGAUCUUGGACAUCAAACUCAAUCAUGGAGUCGGCAUACGCGAAGGUUUGCUGUAUUUGUUCGUGCAGCACAAAAUAUCGCUGAAUUUCUUCUAAAGUUUUUGUGUGAAAUAGAUGCUCUAUUGCAGCACUCAAUGAAACAAACACCAGUUGGAUUCCUGGACAGCAAGUCGGGUAUUGUAUUGAUUGUACUGAUUGUCAUGCCGUCAAUGACUAUGAACAACAAGAGGAGAGCAGUACUCCUAGUACUAGGACUGCUGGUGAACAAAAUACUGCGAGAAAGAUGUCAUUGUCAUCUCCAUGUGGGUCAGCAAGUGCAAGGUAUGGCUACAUAUUAUUUUGAAUUUGAUAUUUCAACAUUUUGUCAUCGAAUUGAUGAUGUUAUGAAAAUGCAACCAUAAUGUUGCCCAACAAUACAGAGCAACUGAGGAGUCAAGUUUAUCUCUCUCCCUGCCAUCCUUCAAUGUUGACAAAAAUUUCCCAGUUCAUUUUAAACAAUUUAUGCAUUUCAACUACCAACCAUUUCAGUGACCUGAGAUAUUCAAACUGCAAAUCAUGAUUGUUGGGUUUGGUUGUAUACAUUGUGGUCUGGUAGAAUAAUUUUGUCAAAAUUGAGCCUAGUCUUUCAUUGCAAUGAGGUUUCUUUCAAUAGAUGGGUUUAGUCUUCAGAUACCUAGGCACUUUUCUCAAAGUUUUGCCUUGCCUUUUUUCAGCAGACAUUCUACACCAUCUCCAUCAUCAUCUGCUGCAAACUUUCACAAAAGCGAAAGCCAACAUGAUGACUUUGAAGAUGAUGAAGGCUCUGAGGAGGAUAAAUAUAUAGAUGAUUUACUGAAAAAAUUCACACACAAAAUUGGAAAGAAGAACAAGAGUUGAAGGAAAGCUCAGUGGGAUGAUAGUCUUUUGCCUGAUAUGAUAGACAUUGUUGUAACUAGUGAAUAUUACAAAAGGAAACUGAUAUUUGCGAUAACAAAGAAUAGAAAGAAAGGGAGAAUAUUUUGAAAAGGGCAACAAAGAUCUACCUUUCGAAAUGCAGAAAGCAAAAGCUGGAUAAUUACAACAGUUUAUCGAAGAAACCAAAGCUAGAUAAAGAGGAGGAAGCUGAAGAAAGCUCUGAAGAAGAAGAAAGUGAGGGUGACUACUUAUUUUUAAAUUAUUUUAAACUUGUUUUUGUGCCCAAAGAAAGUGUGUUAAUUUCGACAUUUUUGUCCUUUCUCUACCCAUUCCUUCUCAUUUGAUUGUUAGCUCAAUUCCAAAACAAAAAAACAAAGCUAACGGUAAGAUAUUUUUUAUGAAUAUCUGCUAAGAUAUUCACAGGUAAUAGAAUUUGAGUAGGGUCUAGGGGUAAUAGAAUUUUUUUUUCAAUCCAGAUAUUUUUGAGUGACUAAUUUAAUUUAACAUCUUUAAGAAAGAACAAGAACAGUUUCCCUGUCAAUUACCUUGGUUUCCGUUCAGUUUAUAACACAAAAGGUCUCCUUAAAAGCAGCACCCAGUUCUUGACAACAGGGAUGAGAAACAACCGAUAAAAAGGAGUUCGCAUCGCAUGUGCAAAGUAACUAAGGCGUGCGAAAUGCCGCACACGGCCUAUGUUCAUAUUACAAAGACUCCACUAUUCUCAAAGUUUUGUCUCACCUAUUUCAGCAGACAUUGUUCACCAUCUCCAUCAUCUGCUGCAAACUAUUACCAUGGCAAAAGCCAACAUGACGACUUUCAAGAUGAGGAAGGCUCUGACAAGGAUCAAGAUACCGAUGAAUUACUGAACAAAUUCACAAAGAAAAAUGGAAAGAAGAACAAGAGUUGAAGGAAAGCUCAGUGGGCUGAUAGCCUUUUGUCUGAUAUGAUAGACAUUGUUGUAAGUAGUGCAUAUUACAAAAAGAAACUGAUAUUUGCUGUCACAAAGAAUAGAAAAUAUGGUGCCACCUAUGGUAAUGUGCUGGAGGAGUUCAAAACACGUGCAAUUGCAAGAAACGAGACAGUUCCUUUCACAGCAGUGCAGCUACGCAAUAAAUCCAAAAAGGCUGUUGCAGAGUGUAAAAAAGCUGCAUUGACUAUCAAGUCUGCAACUGGAAUCAAAAGAUUCCAGGAUGAAAAGAAUUAUGGCCCUUGGUUCAACCAAUUGUUUGGGCUUGUCAAGACACCGGAUUCUUGCCAGCCAGAACAGGCCAUUGAGCCAUCUGCUGAUACUCCAUCACCACAAGAUGACAGUCCUGAGAGCUCAGCAUCAGUGCAUUCAAAUGAGAAUAUGUGUGUGCCAAUAAAUCGAUCAGGCAAGAAAAGAAAGAAUGAUGAGGUCUUACAUGAGAUUCUUGGAGUUGUGAAGAAUAUGCUGGAAAAUGAUCCAAUGAAAAAUUAUGUACAGUUUGCAAGAGAAGAAGCAGCAGCUGCAAGACAGCAUGAGAUGCGAAUGAUGCAAAUGUUCGUGGCUAUGCAGCAGCCUCAACAAUUACAGCAACCACAGCAACAGCAACAACAACUGUACAACAUGCAUGCCACUAAUGCAGCAAGGUUGAACAGUAGUUUUUCACAGACUAUUUUGAGAAAGAAGCACAAGAAGAUAAUCAUGCAUACUUUUGAAGUUAAAGCUGUAUUUUAGCAAUUAACAGAAACAAAACAGAACGUAGCAUACAAAUUGAAUAAAAGAAAUGUGAAGUAUUUGGUGGGCUGCAAUAUUGCGUUAACCUAGAUCAUCAUGAACCAAAUUUUUCCAUGCAGCCAAAAGUCUACCUUAGAUCAUAAACCUUUCCCCAUUGAAAUUUUUCACUUGAUGCAUUAGCUAAAAAAGGAUUUUCUCUGUAAGAGCUUGUAUGGGAGUCUUGCCAAAGUGACAAAAUCCUUAAUCAAGCCGCUUCAGUAUUUUAGCCUUCCCAAAGUUACAGGAACAUGUGGUAUUAUCAGGGGAUCGGGGGAGAAUGACAUAGGAAGUAACACCACGUGUACCUGUAAUUUUAGUGAGGCUAUGUUGCCAAAGGGGUUUGGUUGAAGGUUGACUCCAAUACAAAAUCUGACAGAGAAAAUCUUUUUUAACUUACAUAUCAGGCCUAUGAACUAAGUUAGACUUCUGGCUGCAGCUAGACAAAUAUAUUUCACAAUGAUGGAAUGGCCAAAUCUGAUGUUACAUUCUACUAUUUUUUUACUCACCCAGUAUGUUUACAAAUGAUUUAAGAAACUAAAUGAAACUAAAACAGAGUGUAAUACAGGCUUUUCAUAAGCAAUUCAAAAGAAACUCAACUUAAUGCAGGCUUUUGCUUUAGUAAUGGGCGGAAAGAAAGUAAAAUAUGAUACUUCCUUCUUAUAAGUGAAGAAUAGAAGCUAUAGAAAGAAAAAAGUACAGCAGAUCCAAAGAUGUCUGACUGUAUGUUUUUGAUAACAAACUUUUGGUUUGUGCAAAGUUUGCAAAGAUAAUUUAUUUGCGCAAAAGUUGAUUAAGCAAUUCACUUUAGUGCAAGAAUUACAAUGCAUUCUCUACUGAUUUUGUGUCAAUUUUUUUGGAUUUUUGGCAGUUUUGAUCCUGGUCUUUUUACUUGAGUUUCUUAUGAAAACAACCUGACACUUUGCAUAUUAAGGGACCAUCCUCAAAGUACGGAGGGGGGUGAAAGCAAAAGCGUAAGGUGCAUACAGGAGGAGAGGGGAUUUGUCAGUGUCUCUUUCCUUCUCUGCCCAAAAUUUGGCUGUGAGUGUUGUUCUGAUUUUAUUGGCUUGCGAACAUCCUUUAGGUUCAAAUGAUUGUUGUCCCGAAUUUGUUGAAGAUCUCUAGUCUCAUUUGUAUUAUGGUCAAUGCUUAAAUCCAACUUUCUUGGGAUAGUGUCGCCCAUAGAAAUAGUAGAGCUAGAAUGCGCGCUCUAUCGUUCGCCUAUUGUUUUCUGCGUAAUGCCAAUGGGCAGCAAAGAUGGUAGCAACAUGUUGGCAAAAAGCUGUUGUGGCGUACAUUGUACACCAAUAAGAAGCUAUGGACUUACCGCUUCUGCGUGGUGAUACGAGAAGACAAAUUUCAUGGAACCUUUUCAGCCCCUAAAUAGAAGAAGAUUGAAGAUAAAGAUGGCAUUUCCUCCAUCUAUAAUAAAAAGCCCACCAGGUUACUUAACCGUCGCCUGGCACUCGGCAUUACCUCAUGGUACAAGUUUUAUAAUAUUUUUUGAAAUUAUUUCUUAUUGUGUAAUAUUCUUGAAAUCAUAUUAUAUUAUUCAUUGUAAAACAAAAUUUGCUUUGUAAGUUUAUGCCUUCUUGAAGACUGAUUUCCUUUUAUUAUACGUUCUGUAUAGACCCUUCCAAAUUGGUGGUAAAACAACACAAGGUAAUUCUUAAUGAUCUGUUUAAUCAAAAUUGUGAUAUGGUCAUCUCUAAGGUGUUCAUCAAGGACAUGACAGUGUUGUGAGUGCUCUUGUAGAGAUCUGAAGGUAUUGUUUUUCAUUUUGUGCAAGACUGAUGAUGUUCUUUUAGCAUUGAUUUCCUUUGAAAUACAUUGCCACCUGCAUAAUUCUGUUCUAGCAAGUUUGUCUGUACACUCAACUAUCUUGUACACUGACCAUGAUGGAACCAACAAAUUUCCAUACCGUUUGCAAGAAAGAAGAGAGAGGUGGCUCUGGUAUCCAUGGUCACCUGAACUGUCAGAACUUUGAUAAAGGGAAACUGCACAGUCUGGACAAUCUAAUGAUUCCAAAAUUUUCUUAACAAUGUAGCCUGAAAUGUAGUGGAGGACAUCAGAUCUCCAAACAUUGUUUGUAAGUAGCAUAUUUGAGAUGUUCGAGUCAAUCUUAUUAUCUGGAAUGUUUUUAGAAUUUUCAAAAUCAAUACAGUUUGCUGUUGAUGGAGAUUCAAUCUUAUUUUUUAGAAGUAACUGUCUCAAAGCAUAUUUGAACUGGAGUGCAGUUGGAUUAUUGUUCCAACCUAGUCUACUUCGAAUUUUGGAAAAGUACAUCUCCAGUUGGUCUUGAGAGAAGCGAUAAGUUAGAACAUACUCAAAUGGUGCUUCUGAUCGUUCUAACAAGCCUCUGCUGAUUUUCAAGAUUGAAAUUGAUGAGACAGCAAAACCGAGAAUAAAAGCCUUCCUUGGACCAUUUACAAUAGGCCGGCCUGCUGUAUCUUUAAGGGAUUUAAGGGUCUCAAUUCCAUUCAGUAAAUAGGCUUCUAUAUCAUAGAAAUUGUCUAAGCUUAUAGGCUUCUUUGUAUGCUUUCCAAAUUAACUUUUCGAGUUAAGCAUAUCAAAGAUAUUGUUCAUCAGAAGAAUGAAGUCGCUGGUUGCUUUGCUGUCCUUAAAUUCUUGCAACCCCAGAUUUCUCAAAAAAGUUAUUGCAGAUGCCACAGAAUGGCUUAAAGUCUGCGCUGCAACACUGACCUUCAUUUUAUGAUUCUGCC